UCUGACUUUACCUAAAUACUGCCUUUGCGACGGAUGUGAAUAUGUCCGAAACUGAAUGCGUUCACGUAUAAGUUGGCCAUUAUAAGUCUUUCUUUUGUGACGAAACGCGGUUGGUCACCUGCGUCUCACCUGAAAAAAACAUCAUGGACAGCGGAGGAAGAAAAGUGGUCGUUUGUGACAAUGGCACUGGGUUUGUCAAGUGUGGUUUUGCGGGGUCCAAUUUUCCCGACCACAUCUUUCCAGCCCUAGUGGGUCGACCCAUCAUUCGGUCAGAUGCAAAAGUUGGAAAUAAAGAGAUCAAGGAUCUGAUGGUCGGGGAUGAAGCGAGUGAAUGCCGCUCCAUGUUAGAGAUCUCGUAUCCCAUGGAGAACGGGAUAGUCCGCUGCUGGGAAGACAUGCUGCACCUGUGGGACCACACAUUCGGCCCGCAGCGGCUUAACAUCGAGCCUCCUGACUGUAAGGUGCUGCUGACAGAACCACCUAUGAACCCGCUGAAGAACCGCCAGAAAAUUGCUGAGGUCAUGUUUGAGACCUAUAAAUUCCAUGGUGUCUAUAUGGCUAUUCAGGCAGUGCUGACUCUGUAUGCUCAGGGUUUGUUAACGGGUCUAGUGAUUGAUUCGGGGGAUGGUGUGACUCAUAUUUGUCCCGUGUAUGAGGGCUUCUCUCUCCCACACCUUACUCGCCGUUUAGACAUCGCAGGACGUGACAUCACACGCUAUCUUAUUAAGCUGUUGCUUAUGAGGGGCUACGCUUUCAACCACACGGCGGACUUUGAGACCGUGCGGAUAAUGAAGGAGACGUUGUGCUUUGUAGGCUACAACAUCGACCAAGAACAGAAACUAGCCAAUGAGACCACAGUCCUGGUGGAGUCAUACACAUUACCAGAUGGGCGGAUGAUAAAGGUCGGAGGUGAAAGGUUUGGUGCACCAGAGGCCCUUUUUCAGCCUCAUCUCAUAAACGUGGAAGGUGUCGGUGUGGCUGAACUUCUAUUUAACACCAUUCAAGCAGCAGAUAUUGACAUAAGGGCGGACCUUUACAAACACAUUGUUCUGUCUGGAGGCACCACCAUGUACCCUGGACUUCCAUCCCGAUUGGAGCGUGAGAUCAAGCAGCUUUACCUAGAGAGGGUUCUGAAAGGGGACACAGAGAAACUCUCUAAAUUUAAAAUUCGCAUUGAAGACCCUCCACAGCGUAAACACAUGGUGUUCAUGGGUGGUGCUGUUCUGGCCAACAUCAUGAAAGAUAAGGAGAGCUUCUGGGUGUCACGGGCAGAGUAUGAGGAGAAGGGCCUGAAAGUGCUGGACAAACUGGGAGUUGCAUUACGAUGAGCGAAUCAGCAGGAAUCUUUCCAUACACAUGCAUGUCCCAUUCAUGUUUAGUAUUAUUACAUAGUAAUUUUAAUGACAACCCCUAAAAUGGACCUUUGGGUAGGUUUAGACAAUUAAAAUAAUUUUAAGACAUAAUCCAGCCCAUAUAUAAACUUUUUGUUUUCUUAGGGUUUAACAGGGGUUUGCUACUCUUGGGAGCAUUCCAUUCUCAUAAACUUGGCAAAAACACUGAAAAAACAAACAUAUCCUAGUUAACUGCCAUAUUCCACACACUAUUAUUGUACAAACUGAAAUUAUUAAAGACUUUAUAUUUUAGAUUGUAAUAGAUUGUUUAGUGUUUUAUGAACUAGUCCUAUUGGUAAAACAGCAAAAUGAAACGGAACAGAUAAAUUAGAGAAAUUUAAUGAUUUAAUCCGGAAAAAAGUUAAAUAGCAUUUUAUAACACUUUUGAACAUAUUCAAGUGAUUCAUUUGAGGAAAUAAUUAAAAAACGAAUUUACUUAUGUACUUACAUAGGGAAAAAGCAUUUGUUACAUUGUACUCCGUGUGCGUUGUUCUACGUAGGUUUAGGGUUAGACAUAAGUUGUAGAAACUUAAAUGUUAGUACAAUGUAAAAGCACAUUUUCACAAUAGGUACAUUGUAUAUAACACAUUUUAUCUUAUGUAAGUACAUAUUAGUUAAACACACCUAAACUCCACUUAAACUGCCUUAAAUCCUACUGGUAAUGAAUAAUUACUAAAAAUAAAAGCAAAAAUUCUCACUGCGUCUGUACAAUACUGUCAUUUCUCUUUUUUAUGCAAAAUACAAUUUACUGCUAUAAAACACACAACCAUUCAAAUAUUUCCAUACUACAUUAUAAAUGAUAACUCAAUUGCUGCCAUCUAGUGGACUACAAGCACACAUAAUUUACUUUGAUUAUCAAACUUUUACAAAUGUUCACACACCAGUGAGAGUGUUACACACAAAUAUUAGCAGUCAGCAUUACCAUUGGAGUUUAAUAUUGUAUAUUAGUGAACAACUUUACAGCACCAUUCUGUAAGCAGUCAGCGUUCAUAAAAGAAGAGUAUGCAUAAUGUUAUAUGAAGCGCACUGUUCAUUCAUGCAUCACAAUGAACCGCAUCACAAUCAAAUGCAUGCAGAGGUCAAGAGUUAACUGAUCUAACAAUUAAAGCGCCACUAUUUAAAAUUAUUUCUAAAUCAGAAAACCAUUACAGAAACCAUCUCUUCAUAGUUCUAGAACAUAUUGUAAAAGAAAAUGUUAUAAUGUCAUAUUCAAGGUAAAAUAAGAAAACUAACAUUUGAUGGAACAGUCAUGUGUAGGUCUUUCUCAGAAAAUAGGGAUAUUUGUGUCACAGUUAAAGGAACUUUUAAUGUAUAUUCUGUUUAACAUCAAGUAAAUUUAAACAUUAAGUUAAAAUGUAAUCAAUUCACUGUGCAUUUUUACUUAAAAACAUUUAUUAUCAUUAACAUUUCUUUUAAAAUAAUGGAUUAAUCAUUUUUACAUAAAUUUUUUACUGAAUUAUAUUCAAAUAAAAUAUUAUUCUUAAAUCUUGAAA